UCUCCCUCUAAAAGCAAAACAACAGACAAACAACAACAACAACAACAAAAACAAAGGAAUUGAAAGUAAAGCUGUUUGAGACAGUGUAUUCGAAGGAAACUCCACUUGCCAACGCUGCAUUCUGGGCAGCCAGGAGAGGAAACCUGGCCCUCCUGAAGCUAUUGUUGAAUAGCGGUCGGGUGGAUGUGGACUGCAGAGACAGUCAUGGCACCACACUCCUCAUGGUCGCCUCCUACGCUGGUCACAUAGACUGUGUGAAGGAACUGGUUCUGCAAGGAGCAGACAUCAAUCUCCAGAGGGAGUCAGGUACAACUGCCCUGUUCUUUGCUGCCCAGCAAGGCCAUAAUGAUGUCGUGAGAUUUCUCUUUGGAUUUGGAGCAUCCACUGAAUUUAGGACCAAAGACGGAGGCACCGCCCUGUUAGCUGCCAGCCAGUAUGGGCACAUGCAGGUGGUAGAGACCUUGCUGAAGCACGGAGCCAACAUCCAUGACCAACUUUAUGAUGGAGCCACUGCCCUCUUCCUAGCUGCCCAAGGUGGCUACUUGGAUGUUAUUCGAUUAUUGCUGUCUUCGGGAGCAAAAGUCAACCAGCCACGGCAGGACGGCACGGCGCCCCUGUGGAUCGCGUCCCAGAUGGGCCACAGCGAGGUGGUGCGCGUGAUGCUGCUGCGCGGAGCCGACCGCGACGCUGCGCGAAAUGACGGUACAACUGCAUUAUUGAAAGCAGCCAACAAAGGGUAUAAUGACGUUAUUGAGGAGUUGCUUAAAUUCUCACCCACUCUCGGUAUUUUGAAGAAUGGGACAUCAGCGCUCCAUGCUGCAGUGCUCAGCGGGAAUAUUAAAACAGUUGCAUUGCUCCUGGAAGCGGGGGCAGACCCAGGCCUGAGAAACAAGGCCAACGAACUUCCAGCAGAAUUAACCAAAAAUGAACGUAUAUUGCGUCUCCUACAAAGUAAAGAAGGACACAGGAAGAGCUAACUUAGUUCCACUUUUUGACAGAAAGAUAGAAACCUUAAUCACAUAGUCCGAAAAGAAAUUGCUUUUCCGCGUUGGAAAUUUUUUCAAGAAAAAAAAAAUGCCUAGAAUGCCACCCUGUGGGUCCCUGACAAAGAUGAGCUGGGCUUGGUGCACUAAGUCAAAAAUAGAACCGCUCAGGGACUCUUUCUCUCACUUAUUGUGGGCUUCUCACACUCUGCCCUGUAACUCAGCUCCAGGGCAGCCUGGCAUAGUUACGGAUUCCACAGAAACUCGUUUAACUUGGGAUUCUCAAGACCCAAGACCAAGAUGGAGAGGUUUGACUAUUAAGCUAAGAAAGAGAUGGCUUUGGUUUUUUAAAGAUUGAAAGGCUGACCAAUGAAUUGAUGUACUUUAUUUUCGUGUUAAAUGUAGGUGUGCUAAAGUAUAUACGUUCAUGAUAGUUUACGUUUAUACAUGUAUGUCGUUCCAGUGUAAAACGUUUUCUUCUACCCAACGAUCAUAGUCAUGACUACUACAAAUGAGUGCUGUGUAAACAUACAUUAAAAAGCCACUUCUGACAUUCCACUAUGUAUUACUCAAAGUUAAACUGCUGCACUAGAGAAAAUACAGACUGUGUAUUUGUUCAUUUACCCCUAUCCUACUCAUGCCAUGUAAAAAUUAUUUUUACUUAGAGUCAACAUUGUAGGUAUGAUAGGAUACCAAAGUCAAACUUGGAAUUCAGAUCGUUACAUACUACAAGACAUUUAGGCUUGUCUGUUUGAGAUUUUAUUCUGUCCUACGGACUCUACUUCCCACAUCAUAAGAAAGUAGAUUUAAUAUGCUGUGGAAUCUUGAGCGUUUCCAACACCACAUCGAUUGAUACGAUAACUUUGAAGCCCUUGGAUAAAGUGUGAUAUAUGCCAGUAUAGUGUGUUGCUAUUACUACUACAGGAAUAGAGGUAAUAAAAGACUGUUAGAACAAUUAAUAAGUGUUCAUCUAUGCAUGUUCUUGGGCUGAUUGAUUCCAAGAAAGAAACCUGGAUUAUGUUGAAUUAUUCCUUUUAAAAGGGGUCAGAAUUUACAUUCAAUGCACUUUAUAAUCAAUGGUGUCUAAAUGCCUUAGCGAGUGCCUAAUUGCACACACAAAAUUUAAACCUUCUUUCUGUAAUCUACCAUAAUAAAUACUGAAGGUAUUUCUGUUGUUUAAACACAUCUAUAGUUUUCUUAUUUACGUUCUGCUCUGGUUUCCAGGCAAUGUUCUUGGAUAUUCUAAGGUGGAAGGAAAUUUAUUCUCAAAAGAGUGUUUUUGAGCUAACAUCGUAGUACUAAAGCCAUUAUCUUUAAAUCAAUAAGUGAUAAAAAAAACAUUUUUGAAAUGAAAAGAUAUCCUCUUAAAAUUUGUUGUGAUCAGUAGAGGAGGACAAAAUCAACUUAUUUUGAUCAGUGUCACAAGCAAAGUCAGUAACAAGCAACUCACUGCCCCAGCGAGUUUGAUAAGCUGAUUAUCUCAGCCUAAAGCCUGCAUUCUAAUUUGGGGAUAAAAUAUUAGAAAGUUCUAUGUUGCUAAAAUACCCAAAUAUAAACAUUUUAGUAGCUAAAAGGCAGUACCAAUUUCCUCAUUGGCAUUCUUAUAUUCAGUAAAUUUAUACAAAUACACAUUUUCCCCAUGGGAAUUUUUUUUAAAAAUGAUACUUAUUUUGAAAAGGAAAAUAAUGUGGCCUUAAAUGCUUUAUAUUCACUCAUUAGACCUUAUGCCCAAAAUAGUUGCUCAUCACUGAUGUAAACAAAACAAUAUUAUGAUAUUAUGAGAACUGAUAAUAAAGUUUCAAAAGACAAAAUGGGGUGAACCACAAACUUAAAAAAUGUUUUCCACUAAGGCAUGC